GCUGAGCGCAGCACCCUGCCGUGCGGCCCCCCGGGACCUUGGCCCCGUCCUUGGCCCACAUCGGGUGUGCGGCGGCGGCGGCGGCAGCGGGGCAGUCGGCGACGGGCACGGCGGGCGCAGGGAGGCGAGCGCUGGAGGCGGCGGGGGGCUGGAGCUCGUUGCCCAUCCUGGUGCUGACCUCCAAGGAGCGGGUGAGCCGCAGGGCCGCGGGGCCGAGGAUGGGCGCCGGGGCCAGCGCCGAGGAGAAGCACUCCCGCGAGCUGGAGAAGAAGCUCAAGGAGGACGCUGAGAAGGAUGCCAGGACCGUCAAGCUGCUGCUACUGGGAGCAGGGGAGUCGGGGAAGAGCACCAUCGUCAAGCAGAUGAAGAUCAUCCACCAGGACGGUUACUCACUGGAGGAAUGCCUGGAGUUCAUCGCCAUCAUCUACAGCAACACGCUCCAGUCCAUGCUGGCCAUCGUGCGGGCCAUGACCACCCUCAACAUCCAGUAUGGGGACUCGGCUCGCCAGGACGAUGCCCGCAAGCUUCUGCACCUCUCAGACACCAUUGAGGAGGGCACCAUGCCCAAGGAGUUGUCAGACAUCAUCGGGCGGCUCUGGAAGGACACAGGCAUCCAAGCCUGCUUUGACCGCGCCUCUGAGUACCAGCUCAAUGACUCGGCUGGCUACUACCUGUCAGACCUGGAGCGCCUGGUGACUCCCGGCUACGUCCCCACGGAGCAGGACGUGCUGCGCUCUCGCGUCAAGACCACCGGCAUCAUCGAGACCCAGUUCUCCUUCAAAGACCUCAACUUCAGGAUGUUUGACGUGGGUGGCCAGCGCUCAGAGCGGAAGAAGUGGAUCCACUGCUUCGAGGGGGUGACCUGCAUCAUCUUCAUCGCGGCCCUCAGCGCCUACGACAUGGUGCUGGUGGAGGAUGACGAAGUGAACCGCAUGCACGAGAGCCUGCACCUCUUCAAUAGCAUCUGCAACCACCGCUACUUCGCCACCACCUCCAUCGUCCUCUUCCUCAACAAGAAGGAUGUCUUCCUGGAGAAGAUCAAGAAGGCCCAUCUCAGCAUCUGCUUUCCGGACUACGACGGUCCCAACACCUACGACGACGCGGGUAACUACAUCAAGCUGCAGUUCCUGGAGCUGAACAUGCGGCGGGACGUGAAGGAGAUCUACUCCCACAUGACCUGCGCCACCGAUACCGAGAACGUCAAGUUCGUCUUUGACGCCGUCACCGACAUCAUCAUCAAGGAGAACCUCAAGGACUGUGGGCUCUUCUGAGCCCCAGCCCCAGCACCCCCUCCCCAGCCCGGGCCUCCCCCCCCCCUGGAGCCCAGCCCCACCGCUGACCCCCCCCCCCCCCCCACCUCUGCAACCAUCUCCACUUGCCCCAGACCCCUGGGAUUUGACCCACUCGGCCCUGGAGCCACCCCUGGGUGGGGGGCAUGGCCCCGCUCCCCCUCCCCACCAGCCCUCCCGCCGGCCGGCGCUGUGGGGCACCCGGUGCUGCUGGGUGCUGGGGGACACUGGGUGAGCUUGGGUGCUGGGGGUCCCUGGGUUCCCUCUGGAGCUGGGGGUGCUGGGGGUCCCUUGGGGGGGCUGAGGGUCCCUGAGUGCCACUUGGAGCUGAGGGGUACUGGGGAGUCCUGGGGGUCCCUGUGUAGUCCUUGGAGCUGGGGGGGUCCUAGGGGUCCCUGGGUUCCCUUUGGAGCUGGUGGGGUACUGGGGGGUCCUGGGGGUCCCUGGAUACCUCUUGGGGCUGAGGGGUCCUAGGGGUCCCUGGGUUCCCUUUGGAGCUGGGGGUGCUAGGGGUCCCCAGAUGACCCUUGGUACUAAGGAGACUGGGGGUCUCUGGGUGCCCCUUGGGGUCCUGCAGGGUGCUGGGGGUCCCUGGUACCCCUUGGAGCUGAGGGGUGCUGGGGGGGUCCCUUGGGUGCUAGGGGGUCCUGGGAUUCCCUGGGUACCCCUUAGAGCUGGGGGGUGCUGCGGGUGCCUUGGGUCCAGGGUGUCCAUGGGUGUCCCCCGGAGCUGGGGGUCCCUGUGGGCUGCUGGGCACGAGAUCUCCUUCAGGGCCACAGGUCACUGGGUGUCCCCGAGGACUGCGUGGUACUGGGGUCCCCUGGGUGCCACCAUCCCCCGUGCUGCAAGGCCAGUGAGUGAUCAUGCCCCCCCCCCGCCUCAGCGGCACCAACAGCUGCUGAGCCAGCAUCCCCGG